GGAGCAGCUCCACCCCGGGGCCCCCUGUCUGUGUGUCUCUGACCCCUUCUCUGUGUCCGCGGAGGGCUCCCAGGAAGGAACAACGGCGUUUGUCCGUUUGCUACAGAGCAUCAGCUUACCGAUGCAGGAGCGGCCCCAGGGAGAGCCCUUCUGCAGCCCCGUUUUCUCAAAAUCCAACCUGCUGCCUUGGCCCGCGCGGCGGCCGGGGCAUCAGCUGCGCACGGAAGCUGGAAUCUGACCCCUGGCGUUGGGCCUGGUCUCCAUGGCAGCCGCGGAUUUAUUACUGGGGCCUCCACCCAGCUUGGCGGACUUUCGACUUGAAGCCGGGAGGAAGGGGAACCGGGAAGGCGGUUCUGGGAGCAGCGAGCCACGGGUGGCAGCCAGAGGCCCCGCAAUGGCCAAGUUUCUUUCCCAGGACCAAAUUAAUGAGUACAAGGAAUGCUUCUCCCUGUACGACCAGCAGCAGCGCGGCAAGAUAAAAGCCCCUGACCUCCUGGUGGUGAUGAGGUGCCUGGGGGCCAGCCCGACGCCAGGCGAGGUGCAGCGGCACCUGCAGACGCACGGGAUAGAAAGAAAUGGAGAGCUGGAUUUCUCCACUUUCCUCACCAUUAUGCACAUGCAAAUCAAACAAGAGGACCCAAAGAAAGAAAUUCUUUUGGCCAUGUUGAUGGCGGACAAGGAGAAGAAAGGCUACAUCAUGGCGUCUGAGCUGCGGUCAAAACUCACGAAACUGGGGGAGAAGCUCACCCACAAGGAAGUGGAUGAACUUUUCAGGGAAGCAAAUAUCGAACCAAAUGGCAAAGUGAAGUAUGAUGAAUUCAUCCACAAGAUCACGAUUCCUGUGCAGGACUACUGAAUGAAGAGAAAGCAGGAGAGCCUCCCUGGGCCUGAAAACUCAGACUGAUUAAUCUUUAAAAAGAAGUGUUCCUUUCACUCUAGGGAGAUGGCAGACACAGCAGCAAGAUGACAUUACCCAACUGCAGCAGAGGAUAACUUAGCAAUGAAAAUAAAUGAUUUCAGCCAUGGUGUUAGCAUGUCUUUAAUAAAAGAUUUUUAUUGAUUUUAAUAA